AUGGCCUCGACCUCAAUACCGCCCGCUCGAGAAGGCUCUCUCGAUCUUUCCAAAAAGCUUUCGCAGCUCCGCGCAAAUAGUAAUCGCCGAUCGCAAACCUCUUCCUCUCGAGAGCCCACCCCUGUCACCCCUCCAUUGCCUUCGCCGCCUGACCUUUCCGCCCAUCAAUACUCACGCCCGGUCCGCCGCAUCUUAUCGCCGAAAGACCAUGAGCUCUUUUUAGCUUCACCCACCUACAAACUGGUACUUGCGUUUAUAUUCGGUCUCUCGGACUCGGUGCGUGGCCGUGCCGUCACUGAUGUCCAGAAAUCGGCCGAUUCGAAUCAGAUCGUCAAUAUCGUCUCGGUGGUGGGGCGAUUACAGUCUCUAUUAGUAAAGCAUCCUGCGCUGGACCAGGGCGGCUCGCGCUUUGGAAAUCCCGCCUUUCGAGCCUUCUUCGACGAUGUCGCUACACAAAGCGCGUCAUGGCAUGCGGACAUCCUCGGCUUGCAGGAUGCAUCCGCCAUCGAGGAGGUGUCAACAUAUCUGGUUGAGUCCCUCGGAUCGCGAGAUCGGCUCGACUAUGGAUCAGGCCACGAACUUAACUUCAUGAUGUGGCUGUUAGCUUUAUAUCAGUUGGGACUACUCACCACCCAAGAGUUCCCCGCUGUCGUGUUCCAAGUUUACGUUCAAUAUUUGCAUCUGAUGCGGGACAUCCAAUCCACGUAUUAUCUCGAACCUGCCGGGUCACACGGUGUCUGGGGGCUGGAUGACUAUCAUUUUCUCCCUUUUCUAUUUGGUGCGAGUCAACUCGUGGAUCACCCGUACAUCACACCGCUGGGCAUUCACAACGUGGCCAUGUUGGACGAGGAAGGGGAUAAAUACAUCUACCUGGACCAAGUGCGCUGGGUCGACAGCGUCAAGACCGUCAAGGGUCUGCGAUGGCACAGCCCCAUGCUGGACGACAUUUCCGGAGCUAAGAAUUGGUUCAAGGUUGAGAGCGGGAUGAAGAAGAUGUUUGUCAAGGAGGUAUUGGGCAAACUUCCAAUUAUGCAACAUUUCCUGUUCGGAAGUCUGCUUCCAGCUGCCGAGGGGAUGGGUGAGCGCUCCGAGGAUGCCGAUGACCAUGAACAUGGAGAUGGCCAAUGUCUCGACCAUCCCCAUGGGCACACCACGACAGAUUACUUUGGGGAUUGUUGCGGCAUCAAGGUCCCCAGUACGAUUGCGGCCGGCGCGGAAAUGCGCAAGCGGAUUGGCGGGUCCAAUCUUCGUCCUAUUCCAUUUGAUUAA